CAACUUUUCCUGGCCUUCCCGACCCCGCGCACCACCGUGCAUCUCCCCGCCGCGCGCCGCCGUACAUCCCGACACCUGCUCCUGCCGGCGUCGCCUGAGGCCACCGCCAGCCUCCCCUCGACACCACGCGCCGACGACCACCACCAACUUCCCCCUGAGGCGUCGCGCCGCCGGCCACCACCAACCUCCCCCAGACGCCGCGCGCCAACCGCCACCACCAUCCUCCCCCACGCCUCGCGCCUCCGGCCACCACCAACCUCCCCCGGACGCCGCGCCCCGACGAUCACCACCUUAAUUUAGUCCGACGGGCUGGUGGGAUCGACCACCUCCUCCGGCGACCCCUCUGCUGACCUCCUGUCGUUGCCCCGCUACAAUCUUUCUCCCGCGGCCGCGCCCGAUCCAAUGUCGCCGGCUUCCGCCGUGCGCCACCCAUGCCGACAGCAAGGCGACACCCACCUGUAGCACAACCUCCCACACCACCCUGGCUUCCCCACCUACAACACAACCUCUCGUCCGUGCAGCCACGCAGUCCAACUGCGUGCGACAUCCCUGUUCGACCUCUCCAGCCUUUGCAACCCCGUGUCCCGCCACCGUCCCGUGGGUAGUCCAAGCUGAGGCCACGGAUGUGUGGACAGAGACGGCGUGGUUUGAGAGGAAGAAGAAGGCAUUACGGCGAACUUAGUCGCGGAUGGAUCAAUCGAGCCGAGGUGCCCCUGCAAGUCUCUCUCACACGCAAAUUAUGCUGUGCCACCAUAGGGAACUAGCCCAUCCUUAUCUUACGGAAGUGGAUCUCAAUGGUUUGAAGGGUACUACAGUUAAAAGUGGCUGGGAAUUAAAGUUCAAGUUAGGUAACUACAAGGUCUAUACGAAUUGUAACCUAUUGAUUAUAGAGUUUGUGUGUUUUCAUGUUUACUGCAAGAGAAACCCCAACCGCUUGCUGCCAACGUGCUCUAACCCUAGUGCCUCCAUGAUGGAGGUCGUCUCACAGCCUAGCGACGAGGACUUGUGUGUGCUCAGGUUCUCCUCGCAUGUCACUCCGUCGUUGUUGUCUCUCCUGGAUGUUGUCUGCAGCUGGACGUCGUCCGCUGGCUGCUCCUGCACAGGCUGCUUCAAGUGAAGUAUGAUUCGGAAAACUGUGCGAAGUAUGAUUCAGGAAACAUACUUCAUGGGCAUUCCUCAUCAUAGAUUCAGGAAACCAAUGUUAUCUUGUAUAGAUGGUGUCAACAAAAAGAAAAAAGAAAAUGUGUUCUCACGUUUCUGAUUAGUGUGCCCACUAGAUGUUUCCAGAAAAGAAAAAGAAGAAAUGUAGUUGAAGUUGUUCUCUAGUACAAGACACUUAUGGAAAAGAAGAAGAAAUGCAAAACUUAGAAACAAGAACAGUUUCCAUCUCUCUGAUACAAACAAAGAUUUCUCCAAUGUUUUCACUACUUGCAGUUCAAAAAUUCUUGCAUCCA